GAGCCUCUCCAAUGGCCGCCUUCGCUUCCGCAAAGGACAGAGCCGAGCGGUGCAAAUCUUCGAGUUUGUGACUUGGUUCCCGCCGGCACAACAGAAGUGCCGCAUAAUCCAGACCUCUACCAUCGGGCAUAUCUUCGGGCUCGAUUUCGAGGACGGUAGGCCCCCUGAUCUGGCGGACCUCUUCUAUGCCAACGUCAAGAAGACGGUGGAGGGGGCAGUAGCCAAGAAUCGGAUUGUUGAACACAUCCAAGAGCUUGCCAGUGAAGCCGAAUACCUGGCGCUCUGGCUGGACUGUGACCGGGAGGGCGAGAACAUUUGCUACGAGGCUUGGCGUUUGUUCAGCCACGCAUGCGAGGAGAACGUCUACCGUGCACAUUUCUCGGCGCUGACGCAGCCGGAGAUCAAGACCGCUUUCAAGACGCUGGGGCGCCCGGACAAGCAGCUGGCUAUGGCCGUGGAUGCACGCCAGGAGCUCGACUUGAAGAUUGGGGUGGCGUUCACGCGGCUCAUGACCCGUACGUUUCUGAGCCUUCGGGAGCACACAGCAUGA